AUGGAUGUUUCCUCGACGAUUGCCGCUUGGCUCUCCCUAACCGCCACCGUGUUGGGUUUGGGUUCGAUUGUCACGCAAUUUCGUUCUAUCAUUGAUCAAACAGAUCCUUUUAACGCGUUGCGCAAUGGGAAACACUUGGGAAGGUGGCGGGAUCGACAGGAACACAUUCCAUGGUAUCGCAUUGUCAAACCACCUCCUAGAGGCCCGGUCAUUCAAGCCAAUCUCCCCCAAGGCCUUAGUGACAGAAUGAUCGUCGAUCUGAGCCGGCUGCCAAUCGUCCGACCAACCGGUGAGGCUGGCUGGUCAUUGCUUCUUUCAGUCAUCCACUCAAAAGCCCAGAAUGGAUACAGCCCGAGAUCUGGUUCGGAUGCAAAGUCGGACUCAAUUGUGACCGGUCAGAAGACUGUAUCCUCCGAGGCUUCCUCCCACGAGGGCUGGGAUGACCUGCCCCUAUUGUCCCUUGUGAAGGAGGGCAUGACGACAUGUACUGUGAUCUCCCGCACCACCUUCAUAACACUCCUCUGUCUGACAAAUGCACGGCCUGUCUUCCGACACAGUGGUGCUGCUGGCCAUCGAGCGGCGUACGCAUCCUAUUGUGGUCAGUGGCGAGUGGAAUGGCCGCUUGGCGGGCUUGCACGCGUGCACUUCGCUGCUCAUGAUUCACAUACUCUGAUAAAGGACGUAUAUCCGGCAAAGCUGGAGAGACGGGUGGACAAAUGCUUACAGAUGCUAGCCGGAGUCAUCGACGCCGGUACACAAUGGGACUUUCGAUGUGCCUUUCCAGGGCGCAAGUCACGCGGCCAGUGGAUCCUGGAAUAUGCUCUGAAAGGCUUCGGUAGUGCACAUGGCGGCCGGCAUCUAUACAACAUGCUCGGGGGCAACGUUAACGAGGUGGACUUCCUGUCUAUGGGACGAUGGAGUGCGGAACCCCCGCAGAAUUCGAUCACCCUGUGCCUGCCCAGUAAAGACGGCGGUGAACUCGACGUGGUCCUGCAUAUUCCGACCGAGUCGGCCGCGGUUUUGAAUACAGCCUUGGAUUGUCUUCCGUGGACUUCGCUCUCCUGGUCCGUCCAUCGAGGGCUCCGUGAUAUUCUGGUUGCCUUUGCAAAAGACAGAAUGGACCACUACCGAAGUCGGUUGGUGGCAACCCUCCGCUCGGCGGUCGAAAGAUGGCCGGAAAGGUUAGUCUCAAAAGGAUGGGAUUACCACUUCGUCAGGAACAGCAUGGCAGAUAUGGCGGCUGCAGCUGUCUUCGCAGGCAGCGGAAAUUCAGGCGAUGCAGUGAGGAUAGUUACGGAUAUCGCACUCAUUUUGUGGGACGGCACGACUUCGCAGCUGGAUGUGACAUCGUUUUGGAGGUACCCAAAUUCCCGCGCUCAGACAUCUGAUCUAGACUCUAUGGCUGUUAUCGCGCUUGUCAAAUGUUUUGUCUUGGAAUGGAGUGUGGAGCUGGACUAUCAGAUGUACCACGAUUUUCCAUCGCAGAUGUACUUAGGCUAA